GCCCCCCCGCGGUCUCUCGGCACAACAAAUGCCGCAGCAGCGCCAAGGGUGUACCCCGCCUAGUUCCCCGGUGCCUCGGGAGUCGGAACUACAGGUUCGGUGACUCUAACACAGUCUUGCUUGGACCUCACAGAGCGGCUUCUAGAGAGACCGACGUGCUGCUCAACUUCAAGAGGGAAACUGUUCUUCACAUACCCUAUGGCAGCUUGAUAGCACUCACCAAACUCCAAAGCCCUCAAUGGCACCCGUCGGCGCUCUGCUCUGGCGUUCCCUCAGAACGUACCAGAUCUACGGCGCCAACACCGACGUCGGCAAGACCGUCUUCGCCUCCGUCUUGUGCAACGCCGCCCGUAAUCUCUGGCCCCAUGAGAAGACGGCGUUCCUGAAGCCCGUUUCCACGGGCCCGGCAACCGAGGCCGAUGACAGUCACAUCCAGCAGUUCGCGCCCGGCAUCGCGAAGAAGACGCUGUUUCAGUUUGAGAUCCCAGCAAGCCCCCAUCUGGCGGCUGCCGCCUCGAACCAACAUACCCCGACAGACAACGAGGCCCUGCAGGGCAUCUACGAUUACUCAUCACGCCGCGCCGCAAAGGGCCCCGGCUGGCUCUUCAUCGAGACGGCCGGUGGGGUCCACUCGCCCGCUCCGUCCGGCACCCCGCAGGCCGACCUGUACGCCCCACUCCGCGUCCCCGUCGUCUUCGUCGGCGACGCCAAGCUGGGCGGCAUCUCCCAGACCAUCUCGGCCUUUGAGUCGCUCCGGCUACGCGGCUACGACGUCGAGUCCAUCCUGCUCUUCCGCGACGACUACUACCAAAACCACGCCUACCUGACCGACUACUUUGCACGCGACCGCGGCAUCCCCGUCGCCACUCUCGACCAGCCCCCGGCCCGCGCCGAGGAUGCCAACGCCGACGCCGACGCCAUGGCUCAGUACUACCGAGAAGCGGCCUCGAGCAAUGUCAUCAAGGGCACCCUGGAUCACCUUCACGACCGCCACCUCGCCCGCAUUUCCCGCCUCGAGAGCAUGGCUCAUGACGCCCACGACACCAUCUGGUAUCCCUUCACGCAGCACAAGGGCCUGACGCCCGACAAGAUCACGGCAAUCGACUCGGCCCACGGCGACAACUUCCAGACACUCGUUCCAGGGAGCCGCGCCGCGUCCGAGGACCACGCCCUGCUGCAGCCCUCCUUCGACGGCUCGUCUUCGUGGUGGACUCAGGGCCUCGGCCACGCGAACCCCAAGCUCACGCUGGCCGCUUCCUACGCCGCCGGCCGCUACGGCCACGUCAUGUUCGCCUCCGCCGUCCACGAGCCGGCGCUCGCGCUCGCCCAGAACCUCCUGAAAGCCCUGCAGAACCCGCGUCUCGCCCGCGUCUUCUACUCAGACAACGGCAGCACCGGCAUGGAGGUCGCCGUCAAGAUGGGCCUCCGCGCCGCGAGAGUGCGGUACGGCUGGGCCGCCGGCGACCGGCUCGAGAUCCUCGGCCUGAGGGGCAGCUACCACGGUGACACCAUGGGCGCCAUGGACUCGACCGAGCCGUCCGUUUUCAACGAGAAGGUUGAGUGGUACAACGGCAAGGGCUUCUGGUUCGACUACCCCUCAGUCAUGUGCAAGGACGGAAGGUGGCAGGUCCGUGUGCCCGAGGCGCUGCGCGAGGAACUGGACGAGGGUCGGGAGUUCGCCGCCCUGUCGGACGUGUUUGACGUUUCCCUCAGGGAGGCGGCGCAAGAGGCCCGGUCGUACGAGAGGUACAUCAUCAAGGUGCUGGGCCGACUGCGCGACCAAGGCCGCAAGUUCGGCGCCCUCGUCAUGGAGCCCGUCAUUCUCGGGGCCGGGGGCAUGAUUAUGGCCGAUCCCUUAUUCCAACGGACGCUCGUCAAGGUCGUCCGCCAGCACCCAGAGCUCUUCGGCACCGCGACUCAGGCCCUUUCGACAAAGAAAGAUGCCAACGGCUGGACCGGUCUCCCCGUCGUGUUUGACGAGGUCUUCACCGGGCUCACACGUCUCGGCCGCGUCUCGGCCGCCUCCUUCCUCGACGUCGACCCGGACGUCGUGGUCAACGCGAAGCUGCUGACAGGGGGCCUGGUGCCGCUGUGCACGACCUGCGCGUCCGACAGCAUCUUCCGCGCGUUCGAGAGCGACGAAAAGAGCGACGCGCUGCUGCACGGCCAUAGCUACACGGCGCACCCCGUCGGGUGCCAGGUGGCCGUCGAGUCGCUGCGCGAGUUGCAGAGGAUGGACGAGGGCGGGGCCUGGGACUGGGCCAAGGCCGGCGGCGGCUGGGCGUCCGACGCUACCCCGUUCGCGGGUAAUGGCGGCGGCGGCGGUGGCGGGCCCCCAGCCUGGUCGGUGUGGUCGCGCCCUUUCGUGGACUGGGUGUCGAGGCGGACGGGCCGCGUCGACGGCGUGUGGGCGCUGGGGUCCGUCCUCGCGAUCCACAUGCAAGACAGCGAGGGCGCCGGGUACUCGAGCACGGCGGCGGCGGACCUGCAGAGCGCUCUGCUCCGGGGCGAGGGCGGCGCGGGGGAGAGCGCGCGCUGGAACGUCCACAGCAGGGUUCUCGGCAACGUCCUGUACGUGAUGACGAGCCAGACAACGGGGCGGGAGGAUGUCCAGAGGUUGGAGGCUCUGCUCCGGAGAGCACUUUCGGGAUAGCAAGGGAAUGUAUAGAUAUAUUGAAGCCCCUAUUGUAUGAUUAUUCAUGUCUCUCGGACGACCGUCAGUCCCGUGUGCUGAUUCGGUUUCGCGGGCUGUGCAUAGCCUCUUCCCUGCUCCAAGCCGGCGCCGUCG